AUGGUACCAGAGCGGUACCAGUUUGGCCGGACCGAGGUGAUCGACAACACCCUGAACCCCGACUUCGUGCGCAAGUUCAUCCUCGACUACUUCUUUGAGGAGAAGCAGAACCUGCGCUUCGACCUGUACGAUGUGGACUCCAAGAGCCCCGACCUCUCCAAGCACGACUUCCUGGACCAGGCCUUCUGCACGCUGGGCGAGAUCGUGGGCUCGGCCGGCAGCCGCCCGGAGAAGGCGAGUGAGGGCGUCCCCGGGAAGAAGUGCGGCACCAUCAUCCUCCUGGCCGAGGAGCUGGGCAACUGCCGGGACGUGGCCACGCUGCAGUUCUGCGCCAACAAGCUGGACAAGAAGGACUUCUUCGGCAAGUCCGACCCCUUCAUGGUCUUCUACCGGAGCAACGAGGACGGGACCUUCACCAUCUGCCACAAGACGGAGGUGGUGAGGAACACGCUGAACCCGGUGUGGCAAGCGUUCGCCAUCCCCGUGCGCGCCCUCUGCAACGGCGACUACGACCGGCCCAUCAAGGUGGUGAACCCCAAGAAGAAGAUGAAGAAGAAGAAGUACCUGCACUCAGGGACAGUGACACUGCUCUCCUUCGCUGUGGAGUCCGACUGCACCUUCCUGGACUACAUCAAGGGCGGCACCCAGAUCAACUUCACGGUGGCCAUUGACUUCACAGCAUCCAAUGGUAACCCAUCGCAGUCCACCUCGCUGCACUACAUGAGCCCCUACCAGCUCAACGCGUACACCAUGGCGCUCAGGGCCGUGGGCGAGAUCAUCCAGGACUACGACAGCGACAAGAUGUUCCCGGCGCUCGGCUUCGGCGCCAAGAUCCCCCCGGAUGGACACGUGUCCCAUGAGUUCCCGCUGGACAGCAGGGGAGGAAGCACGUUGGGAAGCAGGGGGGGGAAGUGUGCAGGGAAGCGCAUCGGGAAGCGCGGGGAAGCAGGGGGGAAGCGUGCAGGGAAGCGCAUUGGGAAGCGCAUUGGGAAGCGCAUUGGGAAACGCUUCAUCUCUUUGACAGGGGGCAGCAGGCGCUGGAUUCGGUGCCUUCCUCCCCUGUCUCCACAGGCUGCCAAGCUCCCCAUGUCCAUCAUCAUCGUGGGCGUUGGACAGGCCGAGUUCGACGCCAUGGUGGAGCUGGACGGUGACGACGUGCGCAUCUCCUCCCGCGGGAAGGUGGCCGAGCGCGACAUCGUGCAGUUUGUCCCCUUCCGCGACUACAUGAUGCACGCAGGCAACCAGGUGCUCAGCAUGGCCCGCCUGGCCAAGGACGUGCUGGCCGAGAUCCCCGAGCAGCUCGUGUCCUACAUGAAGGGCCGGGGCAUCAAACCGCAGGCGGCGCCCGAAGCCUCGGGCCCCCCCGCGUCCCCGCAGCCCUGA